AUGAAACUUUUCAACAAACUUUUCAACAAGGUUACCAAACUCUUCAAAAAAGAAGAAGUUGAGGUCUGCCUUGACGAUCUCCCCGUGGAGGUUCUCUACCCGUACUGCCUCGUUCCGGAAAGAUACUCAAAGUAUGCCACGAUUCGACGCGUUCCUCGGGUUCGACUCUACACAUCAUUCCCCAUCUACGAUGGAACUCGACUGAGCCCCCACGAGCAAGAGCUUUUGUCUUACUGUGAGGGUCGAGGUGCCAUCGGUUCUGCCCUUCGAGGCGAAUAA